CUGUGUCGCUGUGGAGGCUGCGGUGGCCGGGCCAUGGCGGGGACGGCGCUCAAGCGGCUCAUGGCCGAGUACAAGCAAUUAACCCUGAAUCCUCCAGAAGGAAUUGUGGCAGGCCCCAUGAACGAAGAGAACUUCUUUGAAUGGGAGGCGUUGAUCAUGGGCCCAGAAGACACCUGCUUUGAAUUUGGAGUUUUUCCUGCCAUCCUGAGUUUCCCUCUUGAUUAUCCGUUAAGCCCCCCGAAGAUGAGAUUCACCUGUGAGAUGUUUCACCCCAACAUCUACCCUGACGGAAGAGUCUGCAUUUCCAUCCUGCACGCACCGGGAGAUGACCCCAUGGGCUAUGAGAGCAGCGCCGAGCGCUGGAGCCCGGUGCAGAGUGUGGAGAAGAUCCUGCUGUCCGUGGUGAGCAUGUUGGCAGAGCCCAAUGACGAGAGUGGAGCGAAUGUGGAUGCUUCCAAAAUGUGGCGUGAUGACCGGGAGCAGUUCUACAAGAUCGCCAGGCAGAUCGUGCGCAAGUCCCUGGGGUUGUGAGGCGCCGUGUGCGCACGCGCCUGGCAGUGCUGGAUCGGCAGGACUCCGGGUGACAGGGACACUGCGGCACCUAACAGGCACUCGGGCAGAGCCACCGCGUCUCGCUUCUUACCCUCCCCACCCCUCAGCCUCUGCUGAGCUGGCGUCCGCGGCUCGUCGCAGCCAGGGCCGCCGGCCGUCACUACCUCUCCCCGUGGAGGCCGCUGCCGUGGCUUCCCUUCCCUCCCCUCCCGGGUGAGGCGGGCCCCAGGAGGCGUCUCUUGCCUCCUUUCCGGCUGUUUCUCACCGUCUGGCUGUGGCGUGAGCUGGCACGUGGAGCCGCCUUCUAGAAGUCCAUUCCAUAGCCUGUGGUUGGUGGACGUGAGCAGUGUGGGGCCCUGGGGGCAGGGCCGAGGCCAUGGAGGCGGGAGCCUGCGGCCGGGAGGGGCCGUGCCUUACCCCCACCCCGCAGUGGCCCCACGGGCUGCACUUGGGCGGCUGCGCGGCCGGGGCCUGGAGGUGACGUCACAGCAAUAACACAUCUGCGUGCAGAGUCCUCGCGGUCACAUUUCCAUAGGAGUUUCUAUUUUUGAAAUAAGGGGUGGGUGUCCUCUCAUCUCCCCUGCCCUUUGCUGCCGUCUGUGCCCUGGCGGUGGCACCCACGGGGCUGGCUCCUCCUCGCUUCUGGGGCGAGAACAGACUGCGCACGCGGGCAGGGGGGGAGGGGCGGGCUCUACAAACAGGUGUUUCUACACGUUUGUAUUUAUUAGAUGCCCGCCCGCCCCUGUUCUGUAGAAUUUAAUUACUGUGUUGCAAAUAAAGUUGUCUAUUUUCCCCA